CGAGCCGCCGCCGGAGCCGGCAGCGGGGCGAGAUUUGCGGCUCCGGGGGUCCUCUCGGGGAGCAACCGCACUCUCCCGCGUCCGUGCUUUCGCCUGCGCCGGCCAGUCCCUCGCCGCGUGGUCCGCAGGCCGGAUCUGGCUGACCAGCUUGCCCUCCGGUCUGACCCAAGGCUCCAGGGCCGCCCUGGGGACCCGCCCACCAGACCCUGCUAGGGCCGGCAGUGCCUGUAGAGACUCCCCGCGUUUGAUGACACCUGGCGGAGGGCUGCGAUGGAGGGGGAUGCCUCAGAUUCUCAGGUGCGAGGCGGCGGCGCAACGGCCCCACUUUUUCUACAGGUGACUAUUAAGAAUAUCGAAAAGGAGCUUAUUUGCCCAGCAUGCAAGGAGCUGUUUACACACCCACUGAUUCUCCCCUGCCAGCACAGCGUAUGUCAUAAGUGUGUGAAAGAACUCUUACUGUCUCUUGAUGAUUCAUUCAAUGAUGUGGCGUCAGACAACUCCAGUCAGAGCAGCCCUCGACUUCGGCUCACCUCCCCUAGCAUGGAUAAAAUUGACAAAAUUAACAGACCAGGCUGGAAGCGUAAUUCACUGACCCCAAGACCAACUACGUUUCCUUGUCCCGGCUGUGAGCAUGACGUGGAUCUUGGAGAGCGAGGAGUCAGUGGUCUGUUUCGAAACUUCACUUUGGAAACAAUUGUCGAGCGAUACCGGCAGGCCGCGAGGGCAGCCACUGCCAUUAUGUGUGACCUUUGUAAACCACCGCCCCAGGAGUCUACGAAGAGCUGUAUGGACUGUAGUGCAAGCUACUGCAACGAAUGCUUCAAAAUUUAUCAUCCCUGGGGCACCGUAAAAGCCCAGCAUGAGUAUGUGGGCCCCACCACUAAUUUCAGGCCCAAGAUUUUAAUGUGCCCAGAACAUGAGACAGAGAGAAUAAACAUGUACUGUGAGCUGUGCAGAAGGCCAGUUUGCCACCUCUGUAAGUUGGGUGGGAAUCAUUCCAAUCACCGGGUGACCACCAUGAGCAGUGCCUAUAAAACCUUAAAGGAGAAACUGUCGAAGGACAUUGAUUUCCUUAUUAGUAAGGAAAGUCAGGUGAAAAGUCAAAUUUCCGAACUGAACUUGCUAAUGAAAGAAACAGAGUGCAAUGGAGAGAGGGCGAAGGAAGAAGCACUGAUACAUUUUGAAAAGCUCUUUGAAAUCUUAGAAGACAGGAAGUCAUCUGUUCUGAAAGCCAUAGAUGCCUCUAAGAAACUAAGACUAGACAAAUUCCACACUCAAGUGGAAGAGUACCAAGGCCUUCUAGAGAACAGCGGGCUGGUGGGAUAUGCUCAGGAAGUGCUGAAGGAGACGGAUCAGUCCUGCUUUGUGCAGACAGCAAAGCAGCUCCACCUCAGAAUACAGAAAGCUACGGAAUCCCUGAAGAAUUUUAGACCUGCAGCCCAGGCUUCUUUUGAAGACUAUGUUGUCAACACAUCCAAACAAACAGAGGUGCUCGGAGAACUGUCCUUUUUCUCUAGUGGCAUAGACAUCCCUGAGAUCAACGAGGAACAAAGCAAAGUGUAUAACAACGCCUUGAUAAACUGGCACCACCCCGAAAAGGACAAAGCCGACAGCUAUGUUCUCGAAUACCGGAAGAUUACCCGAGACGAAGAAAUGAUGCCAUGGAAUGAGGUGGAAGUGCACGGCACAAGUAAAGUUGUCUCCAGCCUCGACAGCAACAGUCCCUACGCUUUCCGGGUGCGAGCUUACAGGGGUUCCAUCUGCAGCCCCUGCAGCAGAGAACUGGUUCUGCAUACGCCUCCAGCUCCAGUUUUUAGUUUCCUGUUUGAUGAAAAGUGUGGCUAUAAUAACGAACACCUAUUGCUCAACCUGAAGAGAGACCGGGUGGAGAGCAGAGCUGGAUUUAACGUUCUUCUAGCUGCUGAGCGCAUCCAAGUGGGCUAUUACACAAGCUUGGACUACAUCAUCGGCGAUGUCGGGAUGACGAAAGGGAAGCACUUCUGGGCCUGCCGUGUGGAGCCGUAUUCAUACCUGGUGAAAGUGGGAGUUGCUUCUAGUGACAAACUGCAAGAGUGGCUGCGGUCUCCCAGGGACGUGGCUAGUCCAAGAUAUGAACAAGACAGUGGGCACGACAGCGGAAGUGAAGAUGCCUGUUUUGAUUCUUCACAACCUUUUACAUUAGUUACUAUAGGCAUGAAGAAAUUUUUUAUACCCAAGUCACCUACUUCUUCCAAUGAACCCAAAAAUAGAGUUCUUGCCAUGCCAACGAGUAUAGGGAUUUUCCUUGACUGUGAUAAAGGCAAAGUGAGCUUCUAUGACAUGGAUCAUAUGAAAUGCCUGUAUGAGCGCCAGGUGGACUGUUCACACACGAUGUAUCCGGCAUUUGCCUUAAUGGGCAGUGGAGGAAUUCAGCUUGAAGAACCCAUCACAGCGAAGUAUCUGGAAUAUGAAGAGGACAUGUAGCUUGGACACCCCAUGUGACGAGGAUGGAAACUGUGAACAAAGCCAUGCCUUGGUGUUAGUCUUUGUAACUAAUUACAUAUAAUUUACGUCUUCUGUCACCACACCUGGCUGUAGUGUGUGAUUCUUUGUUUUGUCUUGUCUUGCAUUUUGCAUUGAUUCACAGGGUCUUGCUACGUAGCCCAGGCUGGCCUCAAACACUGUCUUCCUGUUAUAGCCAGCUGAGUGUUGGGACUAUAGGUGGGCACCACCAUACCCAGCUAGUGUAUGAUUCUUAAAA